GCUCAGGCGGGAUGUGCCCAACAGAUGCAACACGCACUUCGACGCGGUGGCCCAGAUCCGGGGAGAGGCUUUCUUCUUUAAAGGCAAGUACUUCUGGAGACUGACUCGCAAUAAGCACUUGGUCUCCCUCCAGCCGGCUCAGAUCCACCGUUUCUGGCGGGGCUUGCCGCUCAACCUGGACAGCCUGGACGCGGUCUACGAGAGAACCAGCGACCACAAGAUCGUCUUCUUCAAAGGAGACAGGUACUGGGUCUUCAAAGACAAUAACGUGGAGGAAGGAUACCCACGGCCGAUCUCGGACUUCGGUUUGCCGCCGGGAGGAAUCGACGCCGCUUUCUCCUGGGCCCACAAUGACAAGACUUAUUUCUUUAAGGACAAUCUCUACUGGCGCUACGAUGACCACGAGCGGAGGAUGGAUCCCGGCUACCCUUCAGAGACCAUCCUGUGGAAGGGAAUACCGAGCCCUUUAGAUGAUGCCAUGAGGUGGUCAGACGGUGCAAGUUACUUCUUCAGGGGCAAGGAGUACUGGAAGGUGCUGGACAGUGACCUGGAGUCCCAGCCCGGUUAUCCCCAGUCCAUCGCUAGAGACUGGCUGGUGUGCAGCGACAUGCAGUCCGACUCCCCGGAAGCAGCCGGGAGCAGCAGGACUGGGGCACGCUCCAAACCGGGGCAGCACGACGAGAGCCGCUCGGAAAACGGCUACGAGGUCUGCUCCUGCACCUCGGCUUCCCCCGCCCUCCGGGCUUGCCCUGUGCUCAGACUGUCGGCCGGCCUCGCGCUGACGAGCGUGUGGACAGCAGCGCUGAUGCGUGCGGCUCUAUGA